AUGCCUUCCUCCAACGCCCCCGCUUUCGACAAUGAUACCAUCAUCGUAGUCCUCGGUGCCUCGGGAGACUUGGCAAAGAAGAAGACCUUCCCUGCCCUCUUCAACCUUUUCCGUCUUGGUCUCCUCCCCCAGACCACCCACAUUAUCGGCUAUGCCAGAACAAAGAUGGACAAGGACACCUUUGCAGACAAGGUCACUGGUCACCUCAAGAACGUCGAUGAUGACAAGGGCAAGCAGGAUGUCAAAGACUUCCUCGAGAUCUGCCAGUACAUCUCUGGUCAGUACGACGAGGAUGCCCCUUUCCAGAACCUUAACAAGGAGAUGGAGCGCAUCGAGGGCGAGAUGAAGCACGAUCACCCCAGCCGUCUUUUCUACAUGGCAUUGCCUCCCAACGUCUUCACUGUCGUUGCAAAGGGUCUCAAGAAGAACUGCUAUUCCGAAAAGGGAAACAACCGUAUCGUCAUCGAGAAGCCCUUUGGCAAGGACCUUGAGAGCAGCCGAGAGAUGAUUGGUGCCCUCAAGGGUCUCUGGAAGGAGGAGGAGACUUUCCGUAUCGACCACUACCUCGGAAAAGAGAUGGUCAAGAACUUGCUCAUCAUGCGUUUCGGCAACCCCUUGAUCGAUGCUGGCCUCAACAACAAGCUUGUCGACAACGUUCAGAUCACCUUCAAAGAGCCUUUCGGUACUGAAGGCCGAGGCGGCUACUUUGACGAAUUCGGCAUUAUCCGUGAUAUUCAGCAGAACCACUUGUCCCAGGUCCUCUCCUUGCUUGCCAUGGAACGACCCAAGUCUUUCUCUGCAGAAGACAUCCGUGACGAAAAGGUAAAAGUUCUCAAGUCGGUUCCCGCGAUUGAAGAGAAAGACGUUCUUAUCGGCCAAUACACUGCUGCCAACGGCAAGCCAGGCUACAAGGACGACGACACUGUGCCCAAGGACAGCAACUGCCCCACUUUCGCCGCACUUGCACUGUAUGUCAACAACGAGCGAUGGAAGGGUGUCCCCUUUAUCCUCAAGGCAGGUAAGGCCCUCGACGAGGCCAAGGUGGCCAUUCGCGUUCAGUUCAAGGACACACCACAGGGUCUCUUCCACAACAUUCCCCGUAACGAGCUUGUCAUCCGCAUUCAGCCAGACGAGGCCGUCUACCUCAAGAUGAACGCCAAGAAGCCCGGUCUCGAGAUGGCUACUCUCCCUGCCGACCUGGACCUCACCUACAAGGAACGCUUCUCCGAGGUCCGCAUUCCUGAGGCUUACGAGGCUCUCAUCCUCGACGCACUCAACGGUGACCACUCCAACUUUGUCCGUGACGACGAGCUGGACGUCUCUUGGGCCAUCUUCACUCCUCUCCUCCACGCCAUUGACGCUGGUAAGAUCAAGAACGAACCUUACGAGUACGGCAGCCGUGGUCCCGCUUCGCUCAACGACUUCAUUGCUCGCUAUGGCUACCAGCGAACCAACGACUCUUACGAAUGGCCCACCACCAACAUCAAGAAGGUCCAAGGAAAGAUGUAA